AUGACGGUCAGUCGUCCGCCGGAGUAUGAGAAUGUCCGUACCGCGGACCUCUCCACCAUCCAGUUCUCCAAUCUUUUUGAUAAAGAUGAGGCGGAGCUGAAGAAGCUCAUCAAGGCUUGUGAGAAAGAUGGGUUUUUCUACCUCGACCUCCAGAGUGAGGGUGCCGAAAAAUUCUGGAAAGACCUAUACGAGAUCGACCGCAUCACCAAAGAAUGGUUUUCUCAGCCCACAGAUGUUAAGCUGAAGACGCCUACCGUUUCUCUCUCACAUGGAUUCAAGGCUGUAGGUAACCAGUCGGGAGCCGUUGAAUCACUCAAGGACGGCUUUGAAGCCCUCAAGAUUGGAAAAUUCGAACUGGACGGCCGAUGGGCGCUCCCUUCUGUUGCGCAAGACAACCUGGUCUUGUUUGAUCAGUUCACCGCCGCUUGUCAUUUCAUCUCGAAGCUUUUGCUCGACUGCAUUUCGGACGAAUUGGAUCUCAAGGGAGAGGCUCGUCUUGAGACGCACCACCGUGACGACUGCCGCUCCAAGAGCACCCUAUAUUUCCUUCACUAUCCUCCUGGCAGUCAGGAUCCCAGCAAAGUUGGUCAGAACAUGCACACUGACAUCGGCACACUCACCAUCUUAUAUGCGCCGCAAUGGGGUCUCCAAGUCUUCUCGCCGGGAGAUGCCACUUGGGAGUACGUUGAACCGCGACCAGGCCAUGCCAUUGUCAACGUGGGUGACACGUUGCGGUUCCUCUCGGGGAAGCGCCUUCGCUCUGCUCUCCACCGUGUGCUGCCCCUGGGCGGAAUCCAAACCGAAGAUCGCUACUCCAUCUCGUACUUCUUGCGGGCGUCGGACUCAACCGAGUUCGAGGACAGCAAUGGAGACGAGUCGAGUGCGAAGAAUUGGUACCUGAAGAAGUACGAGACGUAUGAGUUGCCCCAUAUUAUCCAAAAGCAACAGACAACGCUUUCUGGUGGAAUGGCGCAGGAGCUACAGGCCACUUUUUAA